AUGGACCAAAGUUUACCAAAAUGUCUCACUUUUUUCAAUCGAGAGAGUGGAUGGAUCGACAUAUUGAUACAGAAAAAAAUUCAUCUUAUCAAGAGCUUAACACUUUAUUGUGUCCAUGUGCUCGGUGCAAGAAUCGGAAGCAACGCGAUGCAAGGACUGUAUCUCGCCAUCUCUUUAAAGUGGGAUUUAAAGGGAAUUACUAUGUCUGGUCGAGCCAUGGUGAAAGUUGUUACGAUGUUGGUGAUUCUUGAACGGCUGGUUAUUUUACCGGGGAAGCAGAGCAAGCAACAUAUUUAUCAGUUCCGGCUGAUGCAUACGAGCAUUAUCCAAAUGCAAAUGUGA